GUCUGAUGGAGCCGUUGAAAAUGACGUUUGCUGGGUAAAACGCGAUCAAACAGUGCCUAAAUAUCAUUCAUUUGUAAGACAAAAGUAAAUAUUGUGCACGUGAUUAAAAAAUAUUAGAUAUUUCUCGUGUCAGCGGUUUCAAAAAUGACUUUCGUAUAAUUCUUUUUCAAUUUGUAUGCGAAUGUCCUUCCUACGUUACUUGUCUUUUACGGACAGUAAUCAGUGUUUUGUUGAGGCAUUAUUCGAGAUAAUACGUGCGUUCUAUUGUCAGGACAUGUUACAAUGAUGCCGAUAAAGGGUAACCAGGAUGUGGCGUGUUUUCUUGUCACCAAACACUCGUGGAAGGGGAAGUAUAAACGUAUUUUUUCGAUUGGAUCCAUGGGUAUAACAACAUACAAUCCCACCACAUUAGAUGUCACAAACAGAUGGGAAUAUUCUGAUUUCAUAAGUGUGCAGCCAAUAAACAGAAAUCAAUUGGGUUCUCAUGAAUUUAGUAUUACAAUGCGCAAAGAACGUAAAGUUGACAAUAUGAAAUUUAGUUCAGAAUAUAGAGUUCAUUUAUUAACCGAGGCUCUUAAAUAUAGGAAUCAAUUUGUUGAGAAAUCUAAAGAAAUUUUGAGGUAUCAAGCUUACAAGCAUCAUUGGUCUGAUACAAGAUUACCAGUUGUAUUAGAAGUGACACCAUAUAGUCUUGACCAAUUAGAUCCGGCAACUAACAUGGUAUUAGCCAGUUAUUGUUAUAAAGAUUUUGAAGGGAUUGCUACAAUGAAAGAUUAUCCUAAUGGAUUUGUAAUUGUGUGCGGUGGAUUUGGACGUUUACACCUAUUUGCUUCCCAACAUAUGGAAGAGAUUAAGAAAAAGCUGCUUGAAUCAGCUAUGAACAAUUUAGGUAUCAGCAUAAAAGUUUUGAAAGAACCAAUCAAACUAGACGAUUUCGUUGCUCAAAGACUGGGCAAGUUUAGCGGAGACGAACAUAUAACAAGCGUAUCAGAAUUCACUGUUCAUAAAUACUCAUCUAGGCACAUAGAUCCUCAGAGAAGAACUCUUUGUCUUUCGGAUACUUGUUUAUUGGAGAGAGAUCCUCAGACAUAUAAUGUUUGUACUCUUAGACCUUUAUCAGAUAUAUUUGCUUUGGUCCGCGAUAACGAAAAUCCACAACUAUUUACUAUACAAUACCUUAAUGGUCAAACACGCAGUUACACUGCAACAGAUAGAGAUUCCUUAUUAGCAUCCUUAUUGGAUGGUGUUAGAGCAUCUGGUAACAGAGAUGUUCAUGUCAGAAUGUAUCCUGUAAAUAGAGGAAAAAGACUUGGACCUCUGAAUUUACCUGUUGAUGAAGAAGUUGAAACAUCUCAUCUUAAAUUUCUUCAGCAAACACCCACUGGACGUACUUUUGCUGAAAUUUUGGAAAGAUUUAAUGCAAAUAUUCCCUAUAGCGGUCUGAAUUAUUCUGUGACCCAAGAUGGUCUUUUUACUGAAAAUAAAGAUAAACUUAUUCUUGGAGCUUUAUAUACAUUGGUCAGUAAAGAUUUGGAAACAAACAAUGAAAUAGAAGUACAAUUUCAUGCUAUAAGAAGAUUGGUUGCUAGUAAAAUUGGUUUCACUGCAUUUACAACUCUUCCUGGAUUCAGGGAAGCUAUUGGACACAAAGUUGUAAAAGCUUUAAAUAGGCAAAAUUUUGGUAUAACACAAGCUGCUAUAGAUUGUAUUUGUGCCCUUAUGCAACCAAUGCAUGAUGAUUGUGAUUUAAGACAAGAACAGUUAAACAAAAGUAGUCUUCUCAGCAGUAAUAAAUUCUUGGAAAGUUUACUUGAUAUGUGGAUUAACCAUAUUAAUCAUAGUACAGGUGCUCUGGUAGUUUCUGCCAUGCUUGACCUUUUGACUUUUGCUCUAUGUGUACCAUACAGUGAAACAACUGAUGGUAAACAUUUCGACAACCUUUUAGAAAUGGUUGCUGCAAGAGGCAGGUCACUUUUUAAAUUAUUCCAGCAUCCAUCGCUAGCUAUUGUUAAAGGUGCUGGAUUGAUAAUGAGGGCAAUUAUUGAAGAGGGCGCGCCAGAGAUUGCAGCAAAAAUGCAAGAACUUGCACUUGCUGAGGGAGCUUUGCCAAGACAUCUGUUAAAUAGUCUUUUUACUCUUGGUACUGAUGGUAGACUGUUAACACACAGACAGUUGUGUAGACAUCUCGUAGGACUUUGGGUUACAGGACAUCCUACAGCUAUGGGUCUAUUGAAAAGGAUCAUGCCUGUUGGUUUAUUAAAUUACUUAGACUCUGACGAAAAAGUCCCCGAUUCAUUUCUUGAAAAAGAAAGAUUAAAUAAUCGUGACAAUUUAAAGAUAGCGAUAGAUCAUGCAUCGAAAAACAAAAAAAGUCCACAGUGGAUUGCUAUCGAGCGUCAAAUGCGUAUGGUUGAGAAACAUGUCGAGCAUGCUCUUCAGCAUUGGGGAGCCAGAAUUGGCAUUGAGCGUAAAGAGAAAAUUAAGGAACGUCCAAUAGUAUUAAGAAAACGCAGAGAGAGAAUCAAAUCAGAAGCAAACUGGAAUUUGUUUUAUUAUAAAUUCAAUCAGGAUCAUUCACUGCCGAAUUUAAUUUGGAACCAUAAAACACGAGAGGAAUUGAGAACAGCGCUUGAGAACGAGAUUCGUGCAUUCAGUUCUGAUAAAGAUUUAGCAGGUGGAACUCUAAUUGCCUGGAAUCAUAGGGAAUUUGAAGUACAGUAUCAGUGCCUGUCAGAUGAAGUGAAGAUUGGCGAUUAUUACUUAAGGCUUUUGUUGGAAAAAGAUAGUCCAGACAGUCCCAUAAGAAAAUCGUAUGAAUUUUUUAACGACUUGUACCAUAGAUUCAUAUUAACAACAAAAGUUGAAAUGAAGUGCCUUUGCUUGCAAGCAAUGACUAUAGUAUAUGAUCGAUAUUACGAAGACAUUGGUCCAUUUUCGGACACAAAAUAUAUUGUAGGAAUGCUGGAACGUUGUACGGACAGAAUGGAACGCGAUAGACUAGUCAUGUUUAUAAAUAAACUCAUAUUACACAGAAGGAAUGUAAAGGAUAUAAUGGAUCAAAAUGGAGUGCGCGCAUUAGUGGAUCUGUUGACAUUAGCUCAUUUGCAUACAUCUCGAGCAGUUGUACCUACACAAACUAAUGUGAUAGAAGCAGGACCACAGCAGCAACAAGUUAUGGAGAAAGAAUGGUACUAUAAUGAUGGAGAUCAACGAAAAGGACCUAUAAGCUUGAAAGAUUUAAAAGAGCUGUAUCUAACAAAUCAAAUUUCAUACAAAACAAAAGUUUGGGCACCGGGAUUAGAUGGAUGGCGUAUGGUUUCGCAAGUUCCACAAUUAAAAUGGACGUUAGUUGCGAAAGGAGUAUCAGUAAUAAACGAAAGCGAAUUGGCAACUUUAAUUCUAAAUAUUUUAAUCAAAAUGUGCGAAUAUUUUCCAAGUAGGGAUGUUGACGACGCGGUAAUCAGACCCCUACCGCGAAUGAAGCGGUUGUUAUCUGAUCUUCAGUGCCUACCUCAUAUUGUUCAACUUUUAUUAACUUUCGACCCAGUUUUAGUUGAGAAAGUAGCUACUUUAUUAUGUGAAAUAAUGCGGGAUAAUGCAGACGUUUCAAAAAUUUAUCUUACUGGUGUCUUCUACUUCAUAUUAAUGUAUACUGGUUCUAAUGUAUUACCAGUAGCAAGAUUUUUACAAACUACACACACGAAACAAGCUUUUAGAAGCGAUGAUAAUGUAACUCCCGAUAUUAUGCAGCGAAGUAUUCUUGGGCAACUUUUACCCGAUGCGAUGGUUAGUUAUUUAGAAAAUCACGGCGCGGAGAAGUUUGCGCAAAUAUUCCUCGGAGAUUUCGAUACGCCCGAAGCUAUUUGGAAUGCCGAGAUGAGAAGAAUGCUUAUUGAAAAAAUAGCAACACAUAUCGCAGAUUUCUCUCCAAAAUUAAGAAGUCACACUAUGGCUAGGUAUCAAUAUAUUGCUAUACCUGCAAUAAGGUAUCCGCAAUUAGAAAAGGAAUUAUUCUGUCAAAUAUUUUAUUUGCGGCACCUUUGCGAUACUGUAAGAUUUCCACAAUGGCCUAUUCCUGAACCUGUGCGGUUAUUAAAAGACGUACUAGACACAUGGAAAAAAGAAGUAGAGAAGAAACCGCCACUGAUGACAGUGGACGAAGCCUAUAAAGUCCUCCACUUGGCUAGUGGAAAGCAACACAAUGAAGCUGAAGUUAGAAAAUCUUAUUAUAAGCUUGCACAAAUGUAUCAUCCUGAUAAAAAUCCACAAGGCAGAGAUAAAUUUGAAGCUGUCAAUCAAGCAUAUGAAUUUUUGUGUAGUCGAAGUUGUUGGUCUACCGACGGUCCAAACCCUGAUAAUAUAGUGCUCAUCUUAAAAACACAAAGCAUUCUUUUUCAUAGAUAUUCCGAUGAACUUCAACCUUAUAAAUAUGCAGGAUAUCCGCAAUUAAUCAAAACAAUCAAAUUAGAAACGGAUGACGAACAAUUAUUCUCAAAAUCUGCACCGCUACUAGCUGCUGCUAGCGAACUUGCAUAUCAUACAGUACAUUGUUCUGCUUUGAAUGCAGAGGAGCUUCGCAGAGAAGGGGGAUUAGAUAUUCUGUUAGAGGCUUAUACACGAUGUGUUUCCGUUUUAAAUAAAUCUAGUAAGCAUGGUGAUGUAGCAGUACAAGUCUGCAUGCAUAUUACUAGGUGUUUCUCAGUUGCUGGAUCGUUUAGAGGUUGUAAAGACAGAAUUAUUGAACUACCGCAAUUAGUUAAAGAUCUUUGUAGAAUAUUACAUUUCAAGCAUUUAACAAAGUUAUGCUCAGUGGCCACAGAAUGUAUUUCUUCUCUUGCUACGGACAGCGUGUUGCAAAUGCAAUUGUUACAAUCUGGAGCUUUGUGGCAUUUAUUGCUGUUUAUGUUCAAUUAUGAUUAUACGUUGGAAGAAGGUGGCGUUGAAAGAAAUCAGGAUGAAAAUCGUCAAGAAGUGGCCAAUAAUUUAGCUAAAUUAGCAGUUCGAGCUUGUGUUAGAUUAGGCGGUUACAUGACUGAAGAAAACGAAACACCUCUCAAUCCUGUCACAGUUGCUGCCCUAGAAAGUUUAUUAACGCCUUAUCUUGCGCGUCAACUUGCGAAAAAUAAACCGGAGGAAAUAUUGAAAAUCCUAAACUCAAAUUGCUCGAAUCCAUAUUUAAUUUGGGACAAUGGAACGAGAGCAGAAUUGAAUGAAUAUUUGGAAGCUAAACGACAAGAAAGAUUAAAUGGCAGCGACAGUUUUGAGCACGAUUUUAGCGACUUUAAGUACAGCGUUCAUGCCGACGAACUUAUUAUUGGAGAGAUAUUUGUAAAAAUAUACAAUGAACAACCUGUGUUCCCCAUAGAGAAUCCUAAAAGUUUUACGAUCAACUUACUUGACUUUUUAUCCGGAUCGUGGGAAUACUUAACAUCAGUGGGAAAUGUAGCACUAGUUAAAAAGGAUCAAGAAAAAUUAGAUCAUAUUGCUAUGUCAUUAGAAGCGUUAAGAAAUGUGAUUAAAAAUAAUCCGGGGAUAGAAUUACAAUGUAUAGGACAUUUUAGAUUAUUAUUUGGACUUUUAAGUUGCAACAAUUUCAAGUUAAUUCAAAAAAGCGCGCUUGAAGUAAUUAGCAAUGUUACAAAAAAUCAAGAAUGUGUGGAUGAUAUUGCAGCAAAUGAAGUUAUAGUGCAUUUGUUAUUGGCUUUAAAUACUUUAAAGGAGAGUCAGCUUCUUAUACUAGAAACAUUAUAUGCUCUAAUGAGCUCGACAAAAAUCGUCAAAGAUGCACUGUCUAAAGGAGCUGUUGUGUACGUUCUCGAUCUAUUUUGCAAUUCGAAUAAUACUCAAAUACGCGAAGCUGCUGCAGAAAUGCUUGGCAAAAUGUCAUCUGACAAGUUAGCCGGGCCAAAAGUGAAAUUGGAUUUAUCUAAAUUUUUACCUAGAUUAUUUAGCGAAGCGAUACGUGAUGCUCCCAAACAGUGCGUACAUAUGUUUGAAACAACACAUGAAAAUCCUGAAUUAAUUUGGGACGACAAUGCCAAAGCUAGAGCUUCUAGGAUUGUGACUGAAUUAAAAGAGGAAUAUUAUGCAUUGCAGAGGAGAAAUCCGAAUGCAAUAUUGAAGUUACCUGAUACUCAAAGUAAUAUUGAUAUCGCAACAAAUGAACCUGUAGUGGGCGGUGUAUAUCUCAGAUUAUUCAUAGCCAGCCCUGCAUGGGCUUUGAGAAAACCUAAAGAAUUUUUAAGCGAACUUCUGGAUACAACGUUAACAUUCAUGUCCAAGGAAAAAACUGAUCCGGAUAUGUUAGAAUUAACGACUCAAGCACUAGUAUGUCUACUUCAAGCACAACCAAGUUUAGCAGACCAAGUUCCAUCAUUAGGCCACAUACCUAGGCUUUGUCGACAAAUGGCAAUGCAAAAUAAUCAACCAUCUGUAUAUAAAACUGCAAUAUUAAUACUUCAUCAAUUAGCAACGAGCGAAACUUGUAUAUCGUCAAUUUGUCAAACCGAAUGUAUAAGCCCAUUGAAACAUGCUAUGCAAUCUAGGCGUGAUAUGAUAGCGAUAGCGUGCGAAACGUUAAAUAGAUUAUUUUCGACUAAUGAAGAUAGACUUAUAAAACAGGCUUUGGAUGCUGAAAUGGUACCUUAUCUAUUGAAUAUAUUGGACGGACGAUUAGAUAUUAUUGAAAAUCCGGCGACAACCAAAGCUCAAAUAGUUAAAGCUUUGAAAGCUAUGACUAGAAGUUUGUUGUUAGGGGAGAAAGUAAAUGCUAUACUGGAAAAGUCAAGUGUGUGGGCAGAAUACAAAGAUCAGCGACAUGAUCUGUUCAUUUCUAAUACCAACAAUUCUGGUUAUCUUACUGCUGGAACACCGGUGUCUGCUGGUUAUUUAACGGCUGGUCCAAGUAGCACUCUAACAACUGGCCCACCACCAGUUGACAAAGAAGAUACUUUAAUUAACAGGAAUGAUAGUAUCUGAUAUAGGUAGCAUUGCAAGUAAAAACGAGAGGCAGUAAAAAUGCUAAUCCUUAAAUUCCUAUCGGUAAAUCCUACCGAUAUAAAGACUACAUUGCCUGUGAUUUUCGGCUCCUUAAAAUAAGGAAUUUAUCAAUCGAAUAAUGUUUUUGUUAAAUUUACAUUUAUAUUAAAAUUAUUAUGAUAUAUAUAAUGAUACUCUUUAUUAUGCUGUAUAGGCAAAUUAUAUAAUUACGUAAGUAAUAUCAUUCUUUACAGCGGUGUUAGCGUGUGGCAAAAGAUAGUAUUCAAUGAAAGUCUAUUAUUAAAUAAAUUUUUCUCGUCGAAUCUAAAGUUUUGUAAAGAAAAAUUUUAGUUUGUAUUUAGCAAAUCUUGUAACACAAGUUUUCAUAUUUAUUGCAAAACAGAAUUUAUGUUGUUCAGAGAAUUCGUUAAUAUCGUACAAGAGGUUAGAUUCAUCCAUCUAUCAAAGUAAUAAUGUGAAGAAAAAAAACAUGGGUCCUUUGAAAACCUGAAGAAACAUUUGCAACUUGUUGAAAUUAAAAAUACGAUAUAUACGUAUUAUACAAAAAUUUAUACGUAGUGUAACAAUUUUCUCUGUGAUAGCAUAUGAAUUGUGAAGAGAAUAUUGUAGAAAAUACAUGUUUUCGGGAAAGGAAAUGUUUUAUUGCAAAGGAAACAUGUUUUCGGGAACUCGCAUUCUUGGUAAACAGAGGAAUGACGUAUGCAAUAUUUAUCAUUAUUGCUGUAUUCAAGUGUGAUUAGUACUCCUUGCAAGAUUUUUAAAGAAUGUAUUAUAUGUAUUUUAAAUACCUAUAAAUGAAAACAGUACCUAUUUGGUCCAAAUUUCAAAUGUUCUGAGCCCCAUAUGUCACCGAAAUAUUAUUACCAUCGCCGUUACAUAAAAGCAUUAUAGUACACGUCACUUAAUAAUAUACUUUCAGGUGUUAAUAGCAUUUUUUGAUACUGCAAGAUGCUUUCACUUUUUAGGUCUAAUAUAAACAAAAAUAUAAAGACUCUGUUUUUUCAUACAUUCAGAAAUACGAAAUUUUAUAAUGUAAAAUCGAUUUGCUGUUGCUUUUUUAUAGUGAUUUCAUGCUAGUUAUUUUUCCAACGAAUUUUGUAAGGAAACUAAGAAUUUACGAGUGUAUAUUGGAUGCCUGCUGACGAAUUAAUCGAUUGUAAAAACAUAUGUACGUAAUCGCAACUGAAAAAUCGAAUGUAUACAUUAAACGUGAUGUUUAGUCGUUAUUUCCGUACAGUAUAUGUUUUCUAUUACUUUUUUUUUUUUUGUUUCUUAAAAUGUUUAUGUAUUAUAAGCGUAUUCUGUUGUUCAUUAAUGGUUAAGACCGAAAAAAUGAUAAAACUUCUCGGUGAUAUUGAACGAGGAUCUAUCGAAUGGAAUAGAUUCCAUGGGUAGAGAGUUCCUCUUUCUCAUAUCAGUUUUUAGUAUUUUAAUGGAGCGAUUGAUUCAAUGAUGUUGAACAUACGUAGAACUUAGGAUACGAAACACGCACUUGCCAUCCAUCAAUUGUAAUACACUUUUGCUACUCUGGAUCGAGGAGUCGAGCGGUCCAGGCGCAUUAAAGAAAGAACAUAGACAGUUCCUUUCGUGACGGUAAACGUACGUGUCUGUUGAACGCACCAUAUAAAUUUCUAUAUUUACAAUUCUAAUAAGAAAACGGACAACCGAGUUCCUCUUAGGACCCCUUAAUUUCCGACCUAGGUCACAGGAAUUCGCGUGAAUAUGAUUUUUAUUCGUUCACGUGCGCUCGAUUCGUCGAUCGAAUUACUUCGAGAAUAAAGAAAACGUUGAGCAAUUAAUCAGAAAAAAAAGAAAAAUGAUCGGUCAUCGAAUGGAGAAGUAAUAGAAAGA